GAAGAAGAAUUUGAAAGAAGUUGUUCUUCUGCACACAGCCACACAACAGCUGUUAGCCUUUGUCUCUGCUUUGUUCUUGCUGUUGCUGUGGUUUGUCCUCACUUGUCCAGGUGCUUGUCUUGAUCAGAACAGCGUGCUCCUCUGCCCAGCUGCUCGGCCACCUGUGGAG